AUGGAAUAUAAAAUACAGAAAGACCAGGAGCUUCUAACCCUGAUAGACAACAUUGAAAAGAGCUAUGACCCUUCUUCUCCGAACUACAAGUUCAAGUAUGUGUUUUAUAAUAAGGUUGAUGGGCCUUUUGGACGCCCUUUGGAUUUUCCAGAGACUCUAUGGAAUAUCUCUUUGACAAGCGAUCCAACAAUGAUGCCCGUACUCUUAAAAGGAGACGAGAUCGAGCAUAGAAAGUCUUUGCAAAUGGACGCAUGCAAGAGGAUUAAUGACUCAUAUGAUUUCUUGCGGAAGAAAAUAGGUGGGCUGAGAAUGAGAUCUGAAAAGCUCAAGUCGAAGAUAGAUGGGUGCCUUCAGAUAUACAGAAAGAUCUUUGGGGGUGUUUAUAACCGAUUCAAGAAGGAAGAGGGAAAGUGCACUUUACUGGACCGUAUAUACAGAGCAUAUCUCCCACUGAGCAAAAGAGAAAAGCUUUGUGUUACACAGAAUAAGAAUGAGGUGAUCGACUUUUUGGAGGAUCUAAGAGGGACAGGGGAGAAAAUCCUAAAAGAAGUGGAUAAUGCGCUACAGGAACGUCAGAAGCAAACGGUUAUACUGAAUGAGUUGGAUAAGGUUCAAGAGCCCUUUUCUAGAAGUACUUGGUGA